CGUGCGCCUCCCUGAUAUUUCCCGCGCUUGCAGUGCAUUUCCGCAGUCAGCUGACAGGAAGGCUUGUUGCGUGCUAAACUAAUGCGUUAGUUGCGCCCUCCUGCUUUGGCCGCCGUCAGUGAAGAGUUCACCAUGGCAACCGCUCCUGGACCUGACGUAGAAAAGCAGAGGCCUGGCCCCAGUGACCGUCUGAUCAGUCUGUUCAGGACCUGCUCCAGAGAUCCCACAGAGGGAAUAAAAAUUAGACUGAAUGACAUGCUGCAGGAGUUUCUGCAGCACUGCRAGGAUGAUAAACAUGAUGACGCACAAAGAGAGCUGGAGGAAGAGUGCUUCUCAUCUGCCACAAAACACUACUACACCAUCUUAGAAAAUCUUACUGGCUCUAUGCAGAACUUCUUGGAGAAUGACCUUUGGCACCGCUGUCUGGUAACCUGUUGCUUGCAGAUYGCCCUGAAAACAACCUUUCGAGUCAGUGACGUCACUUUGCUCCUCAAAGUUUUCAAACUGGAUUCCUACCUUUUCUUAGAGUUCCUAUUCAGAUUCAGGAAGGAAAAAUUCAUGGAAUUGAUCAGACGCUCAUUUAUGCCAAUUGGAACAAGUGUUUUAGAGAGCUCCGUUUGGGCCAGCCACUCUCACCUAUGGGAGAAAAUCAAAGACAAUGACGGAUUUCCACCUUUCAAACACCAGAUGACUUCCCCAACAAAUGUCGAAGGUCAGCCGGAAUCUAACCCACAAGAAGAUGUAAUAUUGGAAGCAGAGUCGUCCAGGACCUCAGAGCGCCAGCAUGGCUCCCCAGCUGUGAGCAGAACCAAGGGGCAACCUUUCCUUCACCGGUUUGCCUGGAUGGUUUACAGCGAGAUGGCAGAGCGUCUGAGGGAAAUGUGUAUCAAACUACAAGUCUCUGAUGAGUUGAAGUCAAAGAUGUGGACCUGUUUGGAGAGUUCCCUGGCCCAGCACACUUCCCUCAUGAAAGACCGUCACCUGGACCACCUGCUCAUUAGCGCCAUCUACAUCACAGCAAAGGCUACCAAGCACAAGCUAACGUUUGAGGAGAUAGUAGAGCGCUACAAGACUGAGCUAUAUAGCAAUGGAAGUGUUUCCAACGAGAUGCUGAACUCGGAGUCACCUGUGGAAAAUCUUCCCAGAGAGAUGAUGGAUCUUGGAUCCCACAGAGCUGCUUUUCCGACACCAGAAGAAAACUCAGCGGAGGCCAAGAGAGGCAGCCUCAUCAAUUUCUACCACCUCUACAGCAUAAAAAUGCAGCCGUUUGCAGAGAAGUUUGCCCAAACUUAUGGGGGAGAGACUCCUCCUACAUCUCCAUUGCCGCCAUUGCAGUCGAGAGAAAGUUAUCGCCCAGCAAAGGGUGUUAACUUAACCGUCUCACCGUUAAACAGACAAGCACUUCAACAUACUCCCAAAUUAACCUUUACCGUUGGCAAAAGCAACAGAAAGGACCUGAGUAAGAUCUCCAACACUGUAACCAUAAAACGUGAGCUGCCAUUUAAAACAGAGGAAGAAGAUGGGCCUUCAUCCAAGCAAAGUUGCUUGGAAACUCCGUCAGGUCUGCAGAGUCGACUGAUGAAUGUGCAAAAAGAUCGGUCAGUGGUACAGAACCAGAACAACCAGAACCACCCUGACAGUUCAGCCUGUAACACGCAAUAAGUGAAGUUUACGCAAAAAAGGUAUGCAAACUCCUUUCCUCAAAAAAAUUAAGUUUCCAAAACUUAAAAAUGUUAGUAUGUGCAAGUUGUACAUCUUAAGUUUUCAUAACUCGACUAAUUUGAUCAUUUUGAGUGAGUUGUAUUGACAUGAAUGUACACAUAGCUCACUGUAAAACCUAAUUAGCGAUUUCUACUUAAAAAUAUGUGCAAAAUUAACUGAUUAACAUUAACUUGUGCAGUUUUAGUGAGCGUAAUAAAUCUACGUUAUUAUUUAAACGAUAAUUGAAGCAGUUCCUGCUUUAAAUCUUACAGUGAACUUACAUGUGAUUAAAAAAAAAAAAAAGAUGAGACCAACAACCAGCGACUGGUAGAAUAUUUCCCUUUGAAGCAUUGCAUAUUUUGUAAAUCUUUUUUCAGAAAAACAUGCUUUUUAAGCCAAACGCAUGAUAAACUAUUUCUCUAAGCAAUAUGUUGCAAUUGUACUUAGAAUAUGUAGAAGUCAGCCAGUGUCAGAUAUUUUCUUUUGAAAGUUUUUACAACUUCCAUGAUAUUUUCAGCAUUAGUAACUUUGAGGUGUUUAAUUUAUUUAAUAUUAUGCAGCAAGAGAACACUUUCUGUUCAAAGCUAAUGUGUUCAAACCAGGGGGGGGAAAUGGGUCUAGGUAAAGGUUGGGAUGUUUCCAGUCUGCAGUAUUCCAAGGAAGGAGCAGUUCCUACUGGCCGGAUACUUAUCUACCAUAAAAAAAGCAAUAUGUUUUACUUGAGCAGUAAAACAGGACCGUGUAGCAAUCAAAGACUAUAGCGAAGUCUGAGGAGUCACAUUUUCGUUUACAUCACAUGGAUGGCUUUAAUCUUAUUUUUUAUUUUUUUACCUUCACCAAGCUGCAUUGUAAGCCUGCAGGGCCUCGUUCCGCUGCGUCCUGCCGUCCAUGAACAGACUCAACUCUGACCUACAGAGGCAUAUCCCUGCUGUUUUCUUUUAGCAGGACGAUACAACAAAACAAACUGUUAAAGAACUCCCCAGAUCUCCAUCUAAUUCAUGCAAGAGGAAUGUCGCCCAUUUAUCUCUAUUGUAGCAAUAUUUUGCAUCAGGUCAUAACUGACUAAUAAUCUGAAGCGUUAUCUUUACAGCACUCUAUUUUUAACUUGCAUACUUGUGCCUUUGUACUGUGCUGAAUGUGAAAUUUUUAUUGCUUUUUUUGCUUUGUGUUCACUCCAUUGUUUAUUCACAUGCAAUAAAAGUGAUAGCGCAAUCAAUCCAUCCAUUCA